GGGAACUCGUGAGACACCUUGCCUCCGACUUUAGCUCCGAAACCAAACGCUGGGAAAAGUUUGUCCCUGGAAUACAACACAACACUAAACUAGCAGAAAUGUGAGGCUUAUAGUUGCCAUGUGUGUGUGAGUGCGUGUCAUGCAGUGGGCAGGUCUCACGUUAUGGUCACACUGUAUUGCAUUUAGAAAUGCAUUCGAUAAUGAGUGUGGAGAUCGUGAGUCUGCUGUGCUGUGCUUCACUUUUGCUACACUGGCGAAAUGUGAGGCUCAUAGUUGAAGAUCCUUUGUUGCCA